AUGCCCAAUGGAGGCAACUGGCUGCGUGUCCUCUCCGCCACCUUCGGCGUCCCCGUCUGUACCAGGGCUACGGAGAUCCACAAGCGCGGCUUGGCGGGCGGGCGCCCGGCCCGGCGGCAGACGGUGGGCCGGGAGAAGGGCCGGCGUCCGGCGGCGCGCGGGCCGGCCUACAUGCUGAGCGAGCGCGCGGCGCGGCCGACCCCGGACGAGGAGCGCUUCCUGGACGCGGCCGAGUACGGCAACGUGCCGGUGGUGCGGCGCCUGCUGGAGGAGCGCGCGGCGCUGGACGUGAACUGCGUGGACUACCUGGGGCGCAGCGCGCUGCAGCUGGCCGUGGCCAACGAGCACCUGGAGGUGACGGAGCUGCUGCUCCGCCAGGAGCCGCUGGCGCGCGUGGGCGACGCGCUGCUGCUGGCCAUCAGCAAGGGCUACGUGCGCAUCGUCGAGGCCCUGCUGGGCCACCCGGCCUUCGCGCAGGGCCGGCGCCUGGCGGGCAGCCCCGGCCGGGCCGAGCCGCGCGACGACGACGACGACUUCUACGCCUACGACGAGGACGGCACGCGCUUCUCGCACGACGUGACGCCCAUCGUGCUGGCGGCGCACUGCCAGGAGUUCGAGAUCGUGCACAUCCUGCUGCGGCGCGGCGCGCGCAUCGAGCGCCCGCACGACUACUUCUGCAAGUGCGCGCGCUGCGCCGAGCGCCAGCGCCGCGACGCCUUCAGCCACGCGCGCUCGCGCAUCAACGCCUACCGGGGCCUGGCCAGCGCCGCCUACCUGUCCCUGGCCAGCGAGGACCCCGUCAGGACGGCGCUGGAGCUCAGCAACGAGCUGGCCGUGCUGGCCAACAUCGAGAAGGAGUUCAAGAACGACUACAAGAAGCUGUCCAUGCAGUGCAAGGACUUCGUGGUGGGCCUUCUGGACCUGUGCCGGAACACGGAGGAGGUGGAGGCCAUUCUGAACGGCGAUGUGGAGACGCGGCACCCCGGGGAUCACGGCCGUCCGAACCUCAGCCGCUUGAAGCUCGCCAUUAAGUACGAAGUAAAGAAAUUCGUGGCUCACCCAAACUGCCAGCAGCAGCUCCUGUCCAUCUGGUACGAGAACCUUUCUGGCUUGCGGCAGCAGACGAUGGCCGUCAAGUUUCUGGUGGUCCUGGCGGUGGCUGUGGGGCUGCCCUUCCUGGCUCCCAUCUACUGGUGUGCUCCGUGCAGCAAGAUUGGGAGGAUAAUGCGUGGGCCGUUCAUGAAGUUUGUGGCUCACGCGGCCUCGUUCACCAUCUUCCUGGGGCUGCUGGUCAUGAACGCGGCAGACAGAUUCGAAGGCACCAAGCUGCUGCCCAACGAGACCAGCGUGGACCACGCGCGGCAGCUCUUCCGGAUGAAGACGUCCUGCUUCUCGUGGAUGGAGAUGCUCAUCAUAUCCUGGGUGGUCGGCAUGAUAUGGGCUGAAUGUAAAGAAAUCUGGAUCCAGGGCCCCAAAGAGUACCUGUUUGAGCUGUGGAACAUGCUGGACUUCGGCAUGCUGGCCAUCUUCGCGGCCUCGUUCAUUGCCAGGUUCAUGGCGUUCUGGCACGCUUCCAAAGCCCAGAGCAUCAUCGACGCCAACGACACGCUGAAGGAUUUGACCAAAGUUGCCUUGGGAGACAACGUGAAAUACUACAAUUUGGCCAGGAUACAGUGGGACCCGUCGGACCCUCAGAUCAUAUCCGAAGGUCUGUAUGCCAUUGCGGUGGUGCUGAGUUUCUCCCGAAUUGCGUACAUCCUGCCAGCGAACGAGAGCUUCGGACCUCUGCAGAUCUCGCUGGGGAGGACGGUGAAGGACAUCUUCAAGUUCAUGGUCAUCUUCAUCAUGGUGUUUGUGGCCUUCAUGAUCGGCAUGUUCAACCUCUACUCCUACUACAUCGGCGCCAAGCAGAAUGAGGCCUUCACCACCGUGGAGGAGAGCUUUAAGACGCUGUUCUGGGCCAUCUUUGGGCUUUCGGAGGUGAAGUCUGUGGUGAUCAACUACAACCACAAGUUCAUCGAGAACAUCGGCUACGUGCUGUAUGGUGUCUACAACGUCACCAUGGUCAUCGUGCUGCUGAACAUGCUCAUUGCCAUGAUCAACAGCUCCUUCCAGGAGAUCGAGGACGAUGCCGAUGUGGAGUGGAAGUUCGCCAGGGCCAAGCUCUGGUUCUCCUACUUCGAGGAGGGCAGGACGCUGCCGGUCCCGUUCAACCUGGUGCCCAGCCCCAAGUCCCUCUUCUAUCUCCUGGUCAAGUUGAAGAAGUGGGUUUCGGAGCUGUUUGUGGGGCACAGAAAAGGCUUCCGGGAGGACGCGGAGAUGAGCGAGAGUAAAGAAGAAAAGAAACUUGGAAUUCUGGGAAGUCAUGAAGAUCUUUCAAAAUUGUCACUUGACCAGAAACAGCUUGCGCACGAUACACAACCCAGUAUAAGGAGCUCAGAAGACUUGCACUUAAAUAGUCUCAAUAGCCCUCCAGGAAGGUAUCAGAAAGUAAUGAAGCGGCUCAUCAAAAGAUACGUGCUGCAGGCGCAGGUGGACAAGGAGAGCGACGAAGUGAAUGAAGGGGAACUGAAGGAAAUCAAGCAGGACAUCUCCAGCCUCCGCUACGAGCUCCUUGAAGAAAAGUCCCAGAACACAGAGGACCUAGCAGAACUCAUAAGGAAACUCGGGGAGAAAUUAUCCUUGGAACCACAUCAAGAGGAAAGCAGCAAAAGAUAAUCCAGAUCCUUCCUUAGAAAUCCGUCUUUGUCCACUUGAAGCCAUAUUGUUUUCUGAUAUAUUUUUGUUAAGUGCCAAUGAUAAAGGAAUAAAGUGAGAUGA